AUGACGGCAGUUUUGACAUUGGGUGGUCUGUUGUUAGCCUUGCGGCAGGGCUUCGAACGUGCACUGCCUGCAGAUGUUCUCCUGGCCCUUCAGUUUGUACAAUCUUGGCUAGCUGGUGGAGCUUUGGAGGUAGUAGUUACAGCAUUGGUGCGGAGGAGCCACAUGUUCUCUCCGGAAGUUGCUCAGGUAGCUUCUGGAUGGCUCUGUGGUUUGCAAGAUCAAUUGGCAGCUGCGUGUGCGAGGAUCUUCUAUGAGCCUACUGGGAAAGACUUCGUAGAAUGGUUGGAGUCUUCUUACCUGCACAGGCUUGUUGAAGCACAGCUGAUGGCAAUGUGCUCGGAACCAUGUUUCCAUCAUCUCGAGAUGAACCCUUCGUGCUGGGACAUUUUGGCCCGCAUAUCCCUGAGGGGCAAUGCCGAAGCCCUCGCUCGUGCAUUUUGCAAGGCGACGCUCACUUCAAUGGAUUUCGCCGUCGUGUUGGGGAAAUCAAUAUCAAAAUUGGCAGACCAGCAUCCGCAUGCAAGCAGAGCGUUGGUUUGCGCAAUUUUGCGCGAAACAGGAACAUACUUCAAGACGUCUGGCUGUCGGCUUGUCGUUUGCGGGGACGAAGGCAUGGUACGCUUUUCCGCAUUGAUACAUCCAUCGUUAGGAACUGGCCGCCCCAUCCAGCAGCUUCUUGCCGUCCAGCUUUGGCAGAAACGAUGUGGCAGUGACUUGUCAUCGGCAGCAGUCUUCUUUAUAGUUGACACGAUGCAUGCAGCUGGAGCAGAAUGCUGGUUGGCAGCCUAUGCACACUGGUUAGAGGCAUGGGCCGAUCCGUCGCACUUUCAGUCUUCAGACCUCGCGGCGGAACAAAACUUGGCGCUGAGACUUGCAAGAGCAGCGCGUGUACACAUCGCGGACCAAGAUCCGAUCCCUGGACAUUCCUCGAAGUAUUUGUUGCAAGGUAUUCAUCUCAGGCUCUCUGCGCAGACGAAAGAGCGACGAUUGCUUGGAAUGGCCUUGGCCGAACAGUUGGCCGAGCGCUGGUGCUCGGGAGUCGAUGAGCAACAAAAGCAGCUCCGAUUUGAUGGCUUCGACAGGGCCGAUGCAGCUGUGGCAGACUUUCAGCUGGCAGGCACCGACUUCGAAGCUGUCGCCAUGCAAGUUGUGGCAGAAUCACAUCCACAAGUUCCAUCAGUCGCAAGCUUUGAGAAGGAGGAGGAGGAGCUUCCUGGCCAGACCUUGUCAAAAGCGGAGCCAGAGAUGGUGCCGGAAGAGGACAGCGACGACGAAGAGGAAUGCCAUCCGCUCCGUGGAUUGUCUCCCUUGCAGCCCUUGGAUGUUCAAAACGACUCCUGCUCUGACCUGCUCCUCGUCCAGCAUCCCACCUUUCUCCAAAGUGCGUACGAGAUGCUGCUUGGGCCUGCAAAAACCCCCUCCACGCCGCUGAGUGACGAGGCCUUCGGCAAGCCAGGCUCCGCCCCGGAACCUCCAGCAGUGGCCCGUGCCAGAAUUUGGACAGCCUUGGCAGACCUGCCAGCGCUGCUUGCUGCGGGUUCUGAUGAUCUUCCCAGGCUUGCGGAGCCCCUUUGCGUUCGUCUGCUCCGCAUGGAGGUGAGUGGCCAAGAACUCCAGGACAUGAGAGUCGAGGCUCUCGUGGCCUUGCUGGUGGCUGAUGCCAGCCGGCGCCAAGCUGUUCAAUGCCUCACUGCAAACUUCACUACUGAGGAUCUCUCCUUGAACGAGCGCCGUUCGCUUUUGCUCGCCCUCUCCUCCGCAGCGCGAAAGCUUUCGAGCAAGGAGGUGGAAGAGACCAAGGCCGCAGGCCACGACCGCUGUGCGUGCCUCCACAUGAAGUGUAAGGUUCCAGCUGCAUCCUUGCCAGUCCAGGGUCCUCGCCACCACAACAGCUUUCAGGGAAAUCGCGUCGGUUUGCAUCAGCCACGCGGAUGCCGGCAUCCUUCAGAAACAGGAGACGCCGGCUGUGUCGGGAGUGCCAAGACGUGGCAUGAAGUGGCUUCUGACGUCGCGAUAGGUUCUCCGCAGAAGCACGUCAUUUCUUACUUCCGCUGGUGA